AGCUCCGUACCUCGAGAAUAAAGAAAUAAAACAAUGACGAUCGCAGUCUCCCCUGAAGAAACUGCACGUGGGUCCCAAGACCGGGUUCCACCUGAUGGAAAAAAUUACUCUGCCGACAAGACGGGCGAGGAAGAGAAAUUCCGUUCGUACAACCUGCCGCAGGACGAUGAAAAAGCCGGCACUGCUGCUGGUGUGCCGGCGGGGAAUACGUCCUCGUCACAGAAAUCGAGUGCGGCGGGCUACAAUGCUGCCAUGGAAUCGAACCAGGACAGCCGCGUCCCGCUGUGCAUGCGGCUAAUCGACUGGAGCAAGCGGCCGGAGCCGUCCGACGGCGGGCCGGUCCAGGUCCGCGUGGAGUGUUUUUUCGGCAACUGGGAGGUCCGACCGGUGGACGGGAAGGAGCGGUUUUUUCUCACCGUGAAGCUGACCCUCUGGUGGACGGACGAGCGGUUCAUGAUCGGCUGCAAAAAGGCGUAUGAAGGCGAGCCCAUCAGUGAGGUCAAGCAGCGGUAUCGUAAAUUGUCCACGACGGAGAUCACCAACGCGGAUCUUCCCCUGGAUCAAGUCCUCGGAGACCAUUGGCCGUACGAAACCACGCCCACAAACAUUUGGCGGCCCGAGAUCUUUUCGCUCUACGUUUUGGAUGUGUUGAAGGUUCCAGAGAAUUACCAGGAGAUUCCAGUGACGUUCAUGAAGCCGGGCAAAUUCGGCACCGACGGGCUGUUACAGUGGCAAAUCGCGUUUGAGCCUCUGGACAUGGACAUGCUGCGCGACAGCAACGCUCUGAAAGUCUUCCCCUUCGAUUCCUUCCGGUGCGACUUCGGAAUUUGCUUGAGCGGCGAGACCCGACUUGAGUCCGCCGCGCAGAUCCGCCCGACGUUUCACAACGAGGACAAGGACGGGAAGGAAUACCACGUCCACUGGCGGUGCGCGUUGAACAACGGAGAAUUCUACAUUCACAGCAUGUCCUACGCGGAAGCCAUCCACGGCUCGCCGCUCAUCGAAAACCAGUCGUAUCGGGACCUAAUUUUUUCCCUGCACGUCGCGAGAGACCCCAGUUUCUACCUGUACAAGGGGCUUCUGCCACUUCUCGCGAUCACGUGUUUCGGGUUCCUCGGUUUCUUCCUCGAGACCGACGCGCUGGCCGACCGGCUGGCGCUCUAUUCCACCAUGUUCCUCACCUGUUUCGCGGUGCAGUGGAUCACGAUGGACCGGCUGCCCAGAGUGGCGUAUCUGACGGUUUUUGACGACAUCGUACUCGGCGUCGGAGCGGCGUUGUUCUUCAUGUCCUGUGGGGCCGGGGUCGCAAAAAUGUUGCAGCGGAAAUGGAACCGAGGCAACGGCGAAAACAAUGGCAUUGCCCACCCAGACGAUUUCGACUUCGCGUUCGGCGUGGCUCUGGGUGUGGUGUUUGUCCUCUACGUUAUCUACUGUCUUGGGUACAAGGUGAAGCGCGACCGGAAGAAAUACGGCAUGAGCCGGAAGCUCGGGUUUGAGUCGCUCUUCACGAUCCAAGAAGCAUACAGAAAAAGCUUUGAACAGGAACAAAAAGCAGGUGGCUCGCAACAGAAAUACGAGGAGGGAUUUAUCAUCGGAGAACGAAUGCCCGCGGAAAAAUUUUGAGAAAAAAAAUGUAAAUGGUAAUGAAUAUGAAGUUAUUUCAGAUGGGUGCGUGUGCGUCAAGCCGGCGUGGUCCAGCAUGAUACUGUUGUACUUCUACUUGAUUGUUUCGCUGUAUGGAUCUGACGUACGUAUUCGUUUCAAGAAAAGAUGAACUCUGAUAGAACAACGAGAAGGUGGUCUGUCUUAGUUUGCCAUUUCCGGAAUUCAU